UCCCCCGCUCCUUACCGGCCGCGGAUCCUGGAGGAGCGCGCGCGGCAAAGCGUCUGCUAAUAUUAAUAACUCGCCCGCUGUUAAAAUUAACCGUUACGGCUCCUCCGCCGUUGACCCGGAAGGACUCGGCGGAGACGGGGAAAUUUUGAACAAUGUGUGCUGAAAACGGUUCGUGCUUUGGUGAAGAGCGUGCGUGGUGAAGUGGGCACAGGGGAGAUGAGCACAGCCCUCGUGUAAAAGUGACAAGCAGAUUCACAGAGUUUUGUCUAGGGAAUAACGUGAAAGCUGCCUCCCCCUCCCCAAAAGGUGAUUCAGAGGCUGUGGUCCGGAAUUCUGAUUUCAAACAAUGGCAAGCAACUGAGCUGAUGAACUAGCUUGGUAUUUGGGAAACUGCUUCAUCUGGGGGAAAGUGAUGUCAUGAAGAAGUAACACACUGCAGUCUGCUCUGUUAACUUCAUGGGAAAAGCAGUUAAGAGGAAACGUUUAAAAGAAAAUAGACUUUUUCCAGACUGAAGCUGAGGCCUUGGCAAGAAAACACAAGAUGUCUCCUGAAUCCAAAAACCUUUUCAACAUCAUUAUCUUGGGAGUCUCAUUUAUGUUUAUAUUCACUGCUUUCCAAACCUGCGGAAAUAUUGCGCAAACUGUUAUCACAAAUUUAAACAGCACGGACUUCCAUGGCAGUGGCUACACAAGCAUGUCCAUCAUUUAUGGAGUAUUCUCUGCAUCAAAUCUUAUCUCACCCUCAGUGGUUGCAAUAGUAGAACCUCAGCUCUCCAUGGUUGUUAGUGGUGUAUUUUAUAGCCUGUACAUUGCAGUUUUUAUCCAACCUACUACAUGGGCUUUCUACACUGCUUCUGUUUUUAUUGGCAUUGCAGCUGCUGUCCUAUGGACAGCACAGGGAAAUUGCUUGACUGUAAAUUCAGAUGAAAACACCAUUGGAAGGAACAGUGGAGUAUUCUGGGCACUCUUACAGUCCAGCUUGUUUUUUGGAAACCUCUAUAUAUACUUUGCUUGGCAAGGAAAAACUCACAUAUCAGAGAGUGAUCGCAGAACUGUCUUCAUUGCUCUGACUGUUAUCAGUCUUGUGGGCACAGUUCUGUUCUUUCUGAUUAGGAAACAAGAGGACACGAAAGCUCCAGGGGAGGAAAAUUCCACUAAUGAAAUCCCAGGGGACAGCUCGUCUGCACAAAACAAACUGACAAGAGCACUGGCUGCCUUCAAGAAAUCUAUAAAGCUGAGCUUCACCAAAGAGAUUCUGCUUCUCAGUGUGACAACAGCAUACACAGGUCUGGAAUUAACCUUCUUUUCUGGAGUAUAUGGAACGUGCAUUGGUGCUGUGAAUAGGUUUGGCAGCGAAGCAAAAAGCUUUAUUGGGCUCUCUGGUAUUUUUAUUGGUGUUGGAGAAAUUUUGGGUGGAGGAAUCUUUGGUUUGCUGAGCAAGAAGAACCGCUUUGGCCGGAACCCUGUGGUGAUGCUUGGCAUCGUUGUCCACUUCCUAGCCUUUUACUUGAUUUUUUUCAACAUGCCAAAUGAUGCCCCUAUUGCUCCUAUGGAAGGAACAGAUGAUAUUGCUUACAUGACUCCAAGCAAAAACGUGGCCAUAUUCUGCAGCUUCCUGUUGGGCCUGGGGGACAGCUGCUUUAACACCCAGCUCCUCAGCAUUUUAGGUUUCCUGUAUUCGGAAGACAGUGCUCCUGCCUUUGCCAUCUUUAAGUUUGUUCAGUCCAUCUGUGCAGCAGUUGCCUAUUUCUACAGCAACUACUUCCUUCUGCAGUGGCAGCUCCUCAUCAUGGUGGUUGUGGGCUUCUUUGGGACAAUUACCUUCUUUCUGGUGGAGUGGAAAGCAGCAGCAGCUCUUGCUGCCCGUGGCUCGGACUACAGCAGCAUUUGAUCCACAUACUGUGCCUAGUCCAACGUGAGGAACAGCACAGGCACCUUUAUUGUGAAAUGACGUGAGAAGGUGAAAAGAUCAAGUUGCUGCAGAGGUUGGGAUGGAGGAAGCUACUACUGAAUCACCAUCAGUUUAACUGCAUGUGGAACAUGAGAGAAAACUCCACAAUUGAAAGGCUUUCCUUGCUUUAAUCAGCUGGGUUUGGUAUUUAUGGUCUUAAAAAUCCAGCGUUAGAAAUGGAAGGGAAUGCAGAGAUCUCUGGAUUGAACAACUCUGUUCUGAGAUGUACCUUUCAGAAUGUAAUUGCCUUGUUUCACUUUACCGUGCACUACAGAAUUAGUUCAGUGGGUUUUUUUCCUCCUAAACUAUUUUCCUAUAUCCUGGUUCUGCAGACACUUGAAUUCUUGUAUUGAACAGUGAUAUUUUUAUAGGGUACAUGGUAUACAGGAUGUCUGUGCAGCUGAGAAAUCAAUUUGUCAUUGACUUUGCCAACAAUUAGACAUGCAGAAGUAUUUCUGUGGGAAAUGUUGCCUUCUUAUUCUCUAUCAUCCAGUUCCUUGUUUCCCAUUUGUUUAUUAAUCUAUUUCAUGUGCUUAAAUUUUAUCAGAUCCAUGUUUUGGGUUUGGGUUUUUUUUUGAAGAAAACGGAUGAAGUUGUAGUGUGCUGCCAAAGAUUUGAGAAGAAUUUGAAGUAGUUGCCCUUGGCCACCUGAAGGAUGUGAUUGUGAGAGCUGUGAAUUGUUGAUGGUUGAAAUCAGCCUCUUGGGUCAGCAUCUCAGAAGGGAACUGUGUUACUGUGUUGGGAUUGCUGCUGAACCUUUCUCAGGGUAAUGCCACACGAAGGACCAUAAGGCACAGCUUCACUCCCAGGCUCCCAAAUAGUUCUUUUUGAGGUCAGUGAAAUUCCCAUCACGAUUGGUGAUGGGAGCAUUAUCUAAGGUAACUUUUUAAAGUGCAAACAGCUCAGAAUGUGAAUUGUAAGAAUAAUCCUGCAGUGUUUGGUCUACUGCAUGGUCUACAAAGACCUGAAACACUUGACCUAAGUUGUUUUAUUCAGGAUAUUUUUGGGAGGACUGUACUGUAAUCUUAUGCUGCCAAAUGCAAAAGCCAGGUUACUAGCACAGUAAGUAAGUUCUAAUCCUAAGCUGUUACAGAUGGUGUAAUACAGGUGAAUGCAACUCACCUGGGUUUUAUCUGUCUACAUGACUCUGUAGUAUUUGCACUUAUGUUUCUGUCUAGUGUGCAAACAAGAUGCAACUGAGAGCAGCUAUGGAACAUUGAGAGGGUGUUUGUAGACACUCCAUGUAGCUAUUUUUAGAAAGGUACCAUUUUCCAACCUUUUUCUAUGCACAGAUCAGGAUGUUAAUAUCUUGUCUUUAAAGAUGAGUAAAAAAAUCCACUCAGUAUGUGUCAGUAGCUCCUACAUGUCAUAACAACGUAGGUAUGCCCAAGGUUAAGCUUGUUGAAGGGAGUAUGGUAUCUCCUGUGACAUCAGCUGUCACUUCUUCUCUCAAAGGGCACAUAACAUGCAGCUCCCAUGAAGCACAGCCCUCUUCAUGCACAGUCAAACAGCAGAGAGGGAUUAUUUAACAGGCAUAGAGAAAGGGAAUUUUAAAUUCACUGCAGGCUUUUGCUGGGAGAUCAGUAAGUUGUUAAUGGGAGGAUGAGAGGGCACCUGAACACUUGGCAAGCAAUCAAAUCCAGGAGGACAGCCAGGAGAGAAAGCCCUUGUGUAUGCACAGGAGAUUUUAAUGAAUGAUGGAAAAGAGAAUGAGGCAGAAUACACACUUGAGCGAGGGGUUACCAGAGCCGCUCCAAUUUGUCAGACAAACUGGGAAAGCAUUCAGUAUUCAAUCAAUAUGUACGAUUAAUGUGACUAGCAGCAUUCUAAUGCCUCUCACUCCUGUUAUCCUGUAAUUUGAAGCAAACUAUUUUUAUAUACCGAACACCAUCAAAGGUAUAACUGAUAGGAGGCUGCCAGCGAUGAGAGUUCUCUUGUUGCUACACAUAUUUGUGUAUUCUCCCAAGUACCAAAAUGGAUAAAGAGCUCUUUUUUUAUGAUAGGGAAUUACUGAUGUUUGUCUCCAAGCACUUCCUGGGACCUGUUUUCCCCUAUAUAUCAACAAGAGAAGAAAGUCUUUAAGGUGCAGAAGGAACAAUUUUGUCCUGCAGUAUGGGGGGGUGUGUGUGUAAUGAUUCUUGGGUCUUGUGGUGAUGAGUAACUUCUAAAUGCUUUUAAAACAAUGCUAUUUAAUUGUAAUAGUCAAGUGCAAGGCCCUACACCUGGGUCGGGGCAAUCCCGGGCACUGCUACAGGUUGGGCAGAGAAGUGAUUCAGAGCAGCCUGAGAAGAAGGACUUGGGGGUGUUGGUCAGUGAGAAGCUCAUGACCAGACUUCAGUGUGUGCUUGAGCCCAGAACUGCCCCCAUGUACUGGGCUGCAUCAAAAGCAGCGUGACCAGCAGGUCGUGGAGGUGAUCCUGCCCCUCUACUCUGCUCUUGUGGGACCCCACUUGCAGCACUGUGUGCGGUUCUGGUGUCCUCAGCAUAAGAAGGACAUGGAGCUGCUGGAGAAAGUCCAGAGGAGGCCACGAGGACGAUCAGGGGCUGGAGCACCUCCUGUGUGGAGACAGGCUGAGAACAUUGGGGCUGUUCAGCCUGGAGAAGAGAAGCUGCGUGGAGACCUCAGAGCAGCUUCCAGUGUCUGAAGGGGGCUACAAGGAUGCUGGAGAGGGACUCUUCAUCAGGGACUGUAGUGACAGGACAAGGGGUGGUGGGUUCAAACUGAAACAGAGGAAGUUCAGGUUAGAUCUUAGGCAGAAGCUCUUCCCUGUGAGGGUGCUGAGGCGCUGGCACAGGGUGCCCAGAGAAGCUGUGGCUGCCCCAUCCCUGGCAGUGUUCAAGGCCAGGUUGGACACAGGGGCUUGGAGCAACCUGCUCUAGUGGAAGGUGUCCCUGCCCGUGGCAGGGGUUGGAACUGGAUGAGCUUUAAGGUCCCUUCCAACCCAAACCAUUCUAUUAUUCUAUAGCUAGGCAACAGCUCUCUCAAUUUGCUUUUUAAAUUGAUCCCUUUUAAUGAUGAACUUCUGUGAUGUUCAUCUGCCAUUGAAGAAUUAUGUGAACUAUUCUCUUUGAAAUUAAAAAAAAUUGCAAGGUUUGGGUGGUUUCAAAAAGCAUUUUGAGACUGAGUUUCAGGGAUGCUCAUGAACUGAAGUUUCAGAACCUCUGUGUAUCUGAUACUUUCCUUUUUUUCCUCUGUUCUGCUUGGUUUGACAAUAUCAGAUAAUGUUAGAAGGCUGUUCAGAAGUAUUUAUUGGGGCAUUAAAGUGAAGAAAGUAAUACUCUGUGACAAGUUGUACAAGAGAUGAUGACAUUCUCAACACUGCAUCAUGGAUAGCUAAUUUUUUUUACUCUGUAAGUAUCACUUUUGCCUUUUGCUCUGAAGAGACAGUUCUGGGUUACUCAAGCUGAUGAUGACACAUGAUUGCUUUUCACUUACAGUGCCAGGAUUUGGCAGGAGGUGAAAAAUCCACCCAGCUCUACACAAUUGUUAGGUCAACAGUUUUGGUACAGUAAUAUAAAAAUUGCUGUAAUAAUGUUUCUUUCAUUACUUUAAGAAAUAGUAAUGCUGCCAUCUAUUUAUGAUUCCAUCUCUUCAUCUUUUUAUCAGCACUUACCCACCCUGAGACCAUUCAUUUCACCUCCUCGGCCUUUGAACAACGUCAUGAUAAUCUGAAUUGGGAGUUUACAGUUAAGUGGAAUUUGAAAAAGGCUUUGGCUGUAUUUUGCUUGGUUUUAUAUUAUGAAUUUUAUCUAUAUAAGCAAAAUAACACUUUAUAUUGCUUGGGUUUAUUGAAAAGAAGUUUCUCACUUGAUUUUUUUUUUUCCCCUUAUCCUUUUUGGUUGUUACUAAGGUUUAAUAUCCUGACAUGUCAUAUCCCCUAGUUUUUCAAACAAAUGCUGAAGAGGAAAUGAAAACUUCUAUUCUUGACAUUUCAGUGCCAAGGAAGCAGCUACAAAUUGGUCUUUAAUGCAGAUCCUAUAAGCCUAUCUUUUGUCUUGCCAGUUGGUUUUCAUUCUGAUAUAUGAAUGUAUUGAAGGUGAAUUUCUCCAGCUGUAGACCUUGUUCAGAAUUAGGUGAUGUGCUUUUACUUGCGUUACAUUAAUUUCCUUGGGUACAAUCAAUAUUAACAAGUUGAGAUAAAGAGAACCACUUAUAAAAUGUUCUUUAUAACUAAUUCUAAUCUAUAAAUCUCUGCAGAUACAGCUGAAUUCAUAAGGGAUUAAAAAAAACCCAACCCAAAAACCCCAAAA